UCUCAUCUCUAGCUCAGAAAGCAGCCAAUGGGGAAGUUUGCUUGUUUGUGUGAAGCAAAGCGGUUCAAAUAUAAAAUCGGCAAUAAGAGAUGUUGGAAACUACAUUGAUGAACAUACAAGCCAAAGAGGGAAAUUGGCAUCAGAAGGUGUUUUAUACAUUUUUGUACUUCGAGAGAGCCGAAGUGAAGAUUUGUUGAAGGUCUCUGGAACUGACUGACCAAAGUUUAAGGGGAUUUCCUCUGAAUUCCCAGUUGCAACUGUAUCCUCCCCUUCAGCCAUGGCUCCCUCACUGGCCACAGCAUUCUCCAGGCGCUGGUGGAUGGCAAUUACUGCGGUGAUUGAAAGCCUACUGUUCUCUGCUGUGCUGCUCGGAUGGGGCUCACUGCUGAUUAUGCUGAAAUCAGAGGGCUUUUACUCUUUCCUCUGCAGAGAGCCAGGUAACAGUACAGGGCAGAAUGUGUCAGAGAAUGGCAAUGGUACGACAACGAACCCUUCAGGUGAGGAGGAGUUCCUUCAGAUGAACGGCUGGACCAUCUGUAAAGCGCAAGAUGAGAUGCUGAACCUGGCCUUCACUAUCGGCUCCUUCCUCCUCAGUGCCAUCACACUACCCCUCGGUAUCAUAAUGGACAAGUACGGCCCACGCAAAUUACGACUGCUUGGAAGUGCCUCCUUUGCCCUCUCCUGCAUCCUGAUUGCAUAUGGAGCCAGUGACCCUAGAAAUCUCUCCAUCCUGAUCUUCUUUGCCCUGGCGCUGAAUGGGUUUGGAGGCAUGUGCAUGACCUUCACCUCGCUCACACUUCCCAACAUGUUUGGUGAUCUUCGUUCUACAUUCAUUGCACUCAUGAUUGGCUCGUACGCCUCAUCUGCUGUCACAUUCCCAGGGAUAAAGGUGAUCUACGACCUCGGUGUUGCCUUCAUCACCAUCCUGCUGGUGUGGGCUAGCUGUGCCGGCCUGGUCUUCAUCAACUGCUUCUUCAACUGGCCACUCGAGCCCUUCCCAGGACCUGAGGACAUGGAUUACACUGUAAAGAUCAAGUUCAGCUGGCUGGGCUUUGACCAUAAGAUCACAGGCAAACAGUUCUACAGGCAGGUGACCACAGUUGGUCGGAGACUGAGUGUAGGCAAUUCCAUGAAAAACCCUCCAAAACAGCUGGCCACCCAGGAUGGCAAUAAACUCUGCCUUUCCACCCUCGAUCUAGAGGUCCAAUGCAAGCCUGAAGAGGAAUCCCAGUCCUUCAUGCGGAGCAUCUUCAGCCCCAUAUUCAUGCUCAGCCUCAUCACAAUGUGUGUGACUCAGCUCAGACUCAUCUUCUACAUGGGAGCCAUGAACAACAUACUGGAGUCCCUUGCUGAAGGAGACCUAAACAAAGUGGAGAGGAUGGAAAUGGUGAGCAUGUACACAUCUGUCUUCGGGGUUCUGCAGUUGCUCUGUCUCCUGACGGCCCCCGUGAUUGGUUACAUCAUGGACUGGAAGCUCAAAGAGUGUGAGGAUGAGAAUGAGAAACAAGUUGCAAAGGAUCCUGCCCAACCAAAGAAACGUGACAGGCAGAUCCAGAAGAUUAGCAACGCCACCCGUGCAUUCAUCUUCACUAACUUGCUGCUGGUCGGCUUUGGGAUGACCUGCUUGGUGCCAAACCUUCCUCUACAGAUUUUGUCCUUUGUGUUGCAUACCAUUGUAAGAGGCUUCAUCCACUCUGCAGUUGGUGGUUUGUAUGCUGCUGUGUACCCGUCCUCUCAAUUUGGUAGUCUUACAGGAAUGCAGUCUCUUAUUAGCGCACUCUUUGCAUUGCUGCAGCAGCCCCUCUUCAUGGCCAUGAUGGGCCCACUGGAGGGGGAUCCACUUUGGGUAAACGUGGGGUUACUGGUCCUGAGCAUGCUGGGUUUCUGCCUGCCCAGCUAUCUUCUGUGCUACGGCAGGCAGCUGCGCACACAGAAACAGGAGCACGAGGAAGACCCCAAGAUCUACGUUCAGAUUAACAACAGCACCAACCCUGAAGCCUUUGUCUAACUGUUAACACACAUAUGACAGCAGCCAGAAAGAGAGAGAGAGAGAGAGCAGGAGGAAGGAGAGAAAAUGGGAGAGAGGAUUGCAGGUCACAAGACGAGUGAUAAUACCUCCCUGAUCCCUCCAUCAGUCUGCACCUACACUCAAACAUUGAUGCAUUACCACACACACACACAAACACAUAUGUGACACACUAACAGGCACAAUUACAGCCAAAGCAAGAGUGUUUCACCAUGUGCCACACAAACACGUUUACAUACUCCCUAAACAAGUGGACUGAACGAACACUGUGAAAGGCAAGUCUCAGAGCUAAAGGCCAUGUCCUCUGCUCUCACCUUCUCUUCUUUAAUACAGAAGGCCAUACACCCAAAAAAUGAUGCACUUGUUCUGGAAAUAGACACGGGCAACAUCUAGACAUUAUGUAUUGCCGCCUGACAAUAAAGAAGAGAAAGGCACGCUCUGCCCUUCCCUCUUUUCCUGUGUUUAUCGUUUUAUUUUAGCAUUUCACACAAUGGCGAUACGAAAGCCGAACCGUUCAAAGUCAGUGAAAUUCUCUCAGAUUUGAGAAGUCCUUACGAUGCUUCCUCAACAGAGCAGUAAAUGUGUAUCACUCACUAGUGUUUAACCAGUAAUCAAGCUCGUUUCAUAUGCAAACUCAGCCAAAACACUUUCCUCAUUGUUAGUUAGGCAGUUCUUACAAACUCAGAUGGUGGAUUUUAAAUCAGUAUGAAGACUUUACAUUUUCAAGCCCACAAAGCUCCUGAAAUGCAAGAACUCUUUUCAUUUUUAUUUCAGUUUGUUGUUUUUUUAUCAGUCAGACAAGCCGAAUGAGAAAAGACCUGAACCCUCCAUUGCAAUUUGAAAAUGGCUAUACCAUAGAGGACCUUAGUGGGACAACGUUCCCAGUCGUUAACUCCAUGAUGGCCUGGGUUGUUAAAACCACUUUAAAACAGAAAGAUACUGCACAUUAUCUGUCCCAGUUCUACCCUCUGCAAUUAGAGACAAGUGGCUUUCAUUGUCUCCUCUGGGCUAUUAUUCAGUAUGGUACCAGUAUGUUAUGGACAGCAUGAGCAUGAAACUGCAGCUUUUUCUGGACUGGGCUGAUAUUAAAGGACUUUCCUACCAUAGCAAUUGAGACUAAUGUAAUCUGUGCACAAUUUUGAAGAAAAAUUUGCUUUGGCAUGCACAUUCAAAACAUCUAAGCCAAUUCACAAACUUAGAUUCAUUUUGUACAUAUCAGUCCAUGCAGAAGGUUGCAGAGGCCUAAAUCUAAAACAAUGUUUUGGCUGAGGACUGGAUAAUUAUGGACUAGCUUCACAUUCAGUUCAAGAGUGACUGAUCUUCACAAGCAAUACUAUCCCACACUUAUCUUACAGUUAAUCUGAAGGUCUGUUCUCUAUACUACUUACCCAUACAGCAUUACUGGUUGGUCUUCACUUGUUAGCACAAAAAAGUGUGUUUUUUCCUCGUAUUACUUGUUUGUUUUGACUUAAAUGUAAAAAAUUAUUCAGGGUGUUUCGCAUUUCAAGUAAUAAUAAUAAUUCAUAUCAGAUUUAUCUACCUGCAAUAUGAUCCCUUCAAGCUUUGCUCAGUCACUUGAUUAAGGUGCUUUGAAGGGUACAAAUCGAGACAUGGUAUAAAGUAUACACAGUGUACUAGGGUAGAUUAGGGUAAAUAAAAGAUGUCAUGAUAUUGAAUAUCUUGCACUACAGUAAACAAAGGUCUCAUAAAUACAAAGGUGCUUAUUUUAGCCAUUACAGAGUAUAUGCAUGCUGUUCCAUUCUCAGAUACAUACCCGUAAACAUGUUAGCCAUUCAAGAUACAAGAUUGAUGUUCUGGUCUGAUUAUCAUUUAACAAAGUGCUUGAGAGAGAGAGAGAGAGAAUAGAACUGUUUUCUAUAUUGGUCAAGUAGUGGCUGUUUAGUUACUUCUACACACACACACACACACACACACACACACACACA